ACUUCCCGCGGUAACAGUUUUAAAGUAGCGCAGUAACGCGGGAAGCCACGGAUCUGGCAACACUUGUGAGAACAGGGUCAGUUGUUAAUCUCGCUGUUUUAAGAGCGCGCAGCAUUAUUAUUUUUUAGUUUGGUUCUGCAUAAUCACUGACAUCUUUAGUUGAUGAUUCUGCAUUAUCGACAGCUCCCUAAAUGAAAACUUUCUGUUCUCUUUUCUGUGAACAGAAGUUAUUCCUGUGUCGACGAGCAGGUGGUCAAAAUGAAUAUAUUCUGGAAUAUAUUUGCUGUUUGCAGAAGAGCAAUGAGCUGCCAACACAGUCUCUUAUUUCUAUUCCUCUCUGGCUUCAUUAAUGCAAUCACUGUUUCAGAGAUAUAUAAAACAGAUCUACUCGAGGGAACGUCCUGCACCAUAAAGCUUCCAACAAGAAACACUGACAAAUCUAAUGAGAUCAGAUGGAUCCAUCUCUCUAGUGAUGCUGUGAUUCACAGGAAAGGUGGGAGGAUCAAGAAAAACACUCCAGGUCUAUCAAUUGAAGAAGAUGGAUCAUUAACAUUUGAAAGUGUUAGUCUGAAGAACAGCGGCAGAUAUACAUACACUGUUUUUAAUAAUGAAGGUACACAGCUUGAUGCUGGAGAAAAGGAAAUUAAGGUUUAUGCAAAGGUUCCUAAACCUACUGUGAAGAUCAGGUGUGAAAAUGGGAACGCUACACUCACCUGUGAUGUUGGAGACCAAACAGAUCUGACUGUAUCCUGGUAUAAAGAAGAUAAUAUCAUCCAGAAUGAAAACAACUCAGAACUGCUCUUGACAUCUGCUCAAGCACAGGAGAAUAAACCGUACUCCUGCAGUGUGAGCAAUCCUGUCAGCAAUGAGAAAAGUGAUAGCAUUACAGUAUCAUGCGACCCAGGUCCCAGAUUAUUACCCAGAUUAUUUAGCUUUGAUUUCUGGGUAAUGGUGAGCAUUUUAGCAGGUUCAGGAGCCCUUCUUCUUCUGCUGCUAUGUGUUCUCAUCAUCUGUGCAUGUCAAAGCUGUAGACAAAGCAAGCAGCACCAAAAAGAUGAGAAGGAGUUCAGACUGAAGAAUCUUCAAGUUCCAGCUCCUACCAAAACAGAUCCAGACACAGUGGAAACAUCUUUACAACUGACAACUUAAUUGUUCAUACUUCUAUAAUCUAAACUCUGCGGACCCAGAUACUUGUCCAAAAUCACCUUAUAAAUGUUUAUAAUUCAUUUGCAUAGCCUUCCUUAUAUGGUAUCAGCCGCUUAUAUGGGUUUGUUUGAAAAUUUAGAGUCUCUAAGAACUGCUUAGAAUAGUAUUCGUCCUACAUGUGAAUUUCCACAAAUUUAUUUUUCACAAAACAGUCAAGUUAUUUAUCACAAGAAAGCUGUCAGAAAUUCUCAGGAAUUUGACAGAUCAAAGAUCUAAAUGAUCACAGAUCAAAUGGUUAGAUUAUGUUCUCUUCUUUCAAACGAGACCAUUUUCACAUUUCUGCGCGCUUCCAUUGCUGAGAUAUAUGGCAUUUUCCAGACACACAUCAGGGAUAAAAAAAAGACACACUUUUUGCUCUAACCUUUUACAACUCAGUGCUGCCCAGUGGUAUGUAGAUUACAUCAGAUUACAUGUCAGUAAUAUCCAUUUUUGAAUGUGGCUAUGAAUAUUUGGCAUAUGGCCAAACAUUAAAAUUUAAUGGAUUUAAACAUUUGUUUAAUUACACUGUAAAUACCUCUGCAGAUAUUUACAGUCAUGUUCCCCAUGUACAUACUAUGUACUUAUUAUAGUAAUUACAAUGACUAUGUAAUAACUAGGUA